AUGACUCUGGACGCCAAGCUUGCAGUGCAGGAGCUCGCCAAGAUGGGCAAGGACGGUCUGGCGGCAGCCGACCUGAUUGAUCUCAAGGGCACAGGUGGCCUGACCUACAACGAUUUCCUGAUUCUCCCUGGCUUCAUCAACUUCCCUGCCGACGGAGUCAGCCUGGAGACCAACAUCACCCGCAACAUCUCACUCAAGACCCCCCUGAUGUCCUCCCCCAUGGACACAGUCACGGAGGUCGAGAUGGCCAUCACUAUGGCGCUGCUCGGCGGCAUCGGUAUCCUGCACAACAACUGCACGCCCGAAGAGCAGGCGGCUAUGGUGAAGAAGGUCAAGACCUUCGAGAACGGCUUCAUCACUGACCCUAUUGUUCUGAGCGCCCAGCACAAGAUCCACGAUGUGCUGGAUAUCAAGAACAAGCUGGGCUUUGCCGGUAUCCCCAUCACGGACAACGGCAAGCUCGGCGGCAAGCUCAUUGGCAUCGUCACCAACCGCGACAUUGGUUUCCGUGAGGAUGUCGAGACCGAGCUGGGCUCCGUUAUGACCACCGAUGUCGUCACUGCCAGGUACGGUGUCACCCUCGGUGAGGCUAACCAGAUUCUGCGUGAGUCCAAGAAGGGCAAGCUGCCCAUUGUCGACGAGAACAACAAUCUUGUUUCCCUCGUGGCUCGCUCGGAUCUGCUCAAGAACCGCGAUUACCCGUGGGCGAGCAAGCACCCCCAGACUAAGCAGCUCCUUGUCGGUGCCGCCAUUGGCACCCGUCCGGGAGACCGCGUGCGCCUGGCUAAGCUUGUCGAGGCCGGUCUAGACCUCGUUGUUAUUGACUCAUCCCAGGGUAACUCUGUGUUCCAGAUUGAGAUGAUCAAGCACAUCAAGGAGUCCUAUGGCAAUAAGGUCGAUGUUCUCGCUGGAAACGUUGUCACCCGCGAUCAGGCUGCCAACCUUAUUGCCGCCGGCGCCGAUGGUCUGCGCAUUGGUAUGGGCUCGGGUUCCAUCUGCAUCACCCAGGAAGUCAUGGCUGUUGGCCGGCCCCAGGGGACCGGUGUCUUCCAGGUCUCCCAGUUUGCGCGCAAGUUCGGUGUCCCCACGGUCGCCGACGGCGGCAUCAGCAAUGUCGGCCAUAUCGCCAAGGCUCUCUCCCUCGGCGCAUCCUGCGUCAUGAUGGGCAGUCUGCUUGCGGGCACUACGGAGGCUCCCGGAGAGUACUUCUUCCUCGACGGCAAGCGUCUGAAGAAGUACCGUGGUAUGGGAUCUUUGGAUGCCAUGGAGAAGAACGACAGUGAUAAUUCGGGCUCCCAGGCUAGGUACUUCUCUGAGUCGGACAAGGUCAAGGUCGCUCAGGGCGUCACUGGAGCUGUUGUCGAUAAGGGAUCGAUUAAGCAGUUUAUCCCGUAUUUGAUCACUGGAUUGCAGCAUUCGUUGCAGGAUAUGGGCGUGCCCCACUUGUCUGAGCUCUGGAAUAUGGUUGAUUCCGGAGAAGUUCGCUUUGAGCACCGUUCGGCUGCUGCUCAGAUCGAGGGUGGUGUCCAUGGUCUUUUCUCGUUCGAGAAGAGACUAGUCAGUAAGAUCAAGGGCAAGGAGAAGGCGCAUCCGUAUUCGCGCAAGGCCCGACAGAUCAACCGCGCAAUGAACAAGGAGACCUUGAUUGCCAAAGCCAAGGGCGACCGCAUCAACAUGGCAAUGUCCCGGGGUCAAAAACUCGUGUGGUUCCGUGACAACAUGGACACAGAGGACAUUGACUACGGCAGCGACAACCAGCUGGAUAAGGAGGGCAAUAAGAAGCUCUGGACCAUAAGGGAAGCCGGUCUCCUGAUUGACCUCUACCUGCAGAGACACGAGGAGGAUGUGGAGGAAAUUGAGUGCAAGAGAAAGGCCGGCCGUCUGUUGACCCCCAAGGAGGCGCAUUUUAUUGAGAAUGUCCAGGUUGAGGCUAGGGAUGCUAGGCUUGCAGGCUUGGAGAUCCCUGAUUUGACUAACCACCAGUUGGUCAAGAUCUUGCGUGCCUGGGAUGGUGACCUUAACUCUGUGGCCACUAUCAAGCAGAUCACUUGCAAGCCUGCCAGUGCGCAGGAUAAGGAGGCCGAGGAAAACGAGAGCAAGUUGCGGCGAGAGACUGCUGGUGUGGUGACUGCCGAGCAGGUCAUCGCCGAGACCACCGGCAUGACCGUUGGAUAA